AUGUCUACCUCACGUUCGACACCGGCCAAGCGCAGCCGCGCCUGCUCUUUCACCUCGUCCACCCUCUCGCCGAUCGCCGAGUCGCCCGUGCCCAGCCCGGAUCAAGAUGCCCUGCCCGCGGCCAAGCGGCUGCGUCGCGUCUUCUCGUCGUCGGAUGGUCUGCCCCGAGCCACGCCAGCGGAAACGCUCGGCCGUGGCACCGGCGAAGGAUCUACCAGCCGCGACCAAGCACGAACGACUGCAAGCAGGCGUGCUGGUGGCCAACCCACCGAGGAGCUUGACGAGGGCGCCGUCAUCCAGGCUCUUAUUUCUGCCAACGCCUUGGCGACGCAGUUUCUGCAGGCGCGCCGAACGGGACCGGCUGUGAAGCCUGAAGCCGCCGCCGCCCACGGGCCGCAACAGGAGGACUCGGAUCCAGUCCCUCCUGCGCCCUGGACGCGACCAGUUGAGCCACGGCCGCGGCGCAUCCCACAUGUGUCGUUCCGGCCAACCCCGCGACUCUUCCCUGAGCUCGCGGCAGGCGUCAAGAAGCCCGCUGGUCAUCAGCGCUCCCGCUCUGAGCCCCCUGUCCUUGAGGCUCUGGAUGGCGCUGCGGCAGGCACGAGCAGCGAUGUGUCGUCUUCCCUUCCUCCUCUCGCGUCGGACUUGUUGGAGAGCCAGGUGAUGCAGGAGCCGAGCAUCCCCGUCGCCGUGUCGCGGCCGCAGGCUCGCGCGACCAAAACUCAAGCGAGCACAGGGCGCGCUGAGAGGCCGGACGUGACGACCGCCGAGACGGUCAGCAACCAGCAGAAGACGAUCUAUCGUUCGUUUGUGGACGGGACCCGCACACUAGUGUACCGCUCUUCUGAGCACAAGUUUACAACGCAAGGCUUCAUUAUGCGUGACCUCGCUCGCGUUCUCCACCAGCCUCGUCCCGCGGUGGACGCAGUCCAUCUCCCUUUUCCUAAGGAGCAGAUGGACCGUCACCCGCAGCUGGAGAAGAACCAUGUCAGCCUGAGGGUGGUUGACUCGUCUUCAACGAUAGAACGAUCGCAGUUCGACCCCCACUCCAUGUGCGUCCUCGUCUCGGAGCCGGGGGGGGCGCUGCUCUUUUCAUUCGGUCGUCGACAGCUGGAAUCGCCAACGGCGAAACGCCACUUUGACCAUUUCGUGACGUGGAUGAGGUACCUUAGGGACCGGUCGGCAGCCGAUCAUCAGCUCGUCAGGUCAAGCGACAGCUCUUCGAGCGGGCUUCCCCGAAGCAGGCGAAAGGUUGUAGCUGACAUCCAGGCCGUCGUUGCUGCUGCAGGAGCACAGUUGGCGGACACGAGUUCGGUCCCUACGACGAGCCUCACCCCAACUGCUCGUCCGCCGCCCCUUCCAGCAGCAGGCCCGGUCGGAGGUCGAGGUACCGCUCCAACUGCUGGCAGCCAGACAGCGAGGUCAUCGAGGCAGGAGUAG